UCGUCUAGACAUAUUAUCUCUAAUGAAAACGAGAUAGAAGGAGAAAAUCAAGAUGAUGAUUAUGAGGAGGGGGAAGUCGAUAUUAGUGGUGAAGAUGAUAUAAUUGUAGAAGAUGUUCCUGCCGAUGAAGGACAUAUCCUCUCAACCUCUAAGGCUGUUCCUGCAAAAACUUAACCCAUUGUAGGGGAGGAAGAAGACGAACCCCUAGACUAUGGGGAAUAUGGUUAUUCACCAUGCGAUUAUGUUACAAAUACGGAGGCAGAUAACACUUCUCCCAUAGAUUUACCUCCCGUCGUACCAACGGCUUCACCGAGAUUCUCGAUGCCUUCACGAGCAGUGGCAUGUGAAAUUACUUUUCCGGUGGAGUCAACUGAUUUACCAACUCCCACCACUAUCAAUUUAAGUACUAAAGCUAGGGCUCCAUCUUUUGCUGAGGUGGUGGAACCUGAUCCUUCUCUCGUUAGAGAGAUGCAACUGCUCGUUGUUUCAGUACCAGCAGAAGGGAACUUACCCCAAAGUGGUACUGCAAGUUCUGGCUUUAUUGGGACUUCAUCAAAUGUGUUGUCCUUUGAGAAGGUUUCUGCGUACAAAUUGACACUAAUCAAGAAUUCCAUAUUAGCUAUCAUUGAGAUGUUCAAAGAUCCUGAUCAAUGGUCAGAUCUGGCUAUCGCUUUAGAUGUACUAGACGGUGUUGCAAGGUUGGCUAAAGUCAAUGUUUCUUCUGUAUGCGAUGCUCUCUUAAGGUUCCAUAAUUCGAUAAGUGUUCUGUCAUUAGCUGAAACUGCAAUUGUCCCGCCCGAAAUUUUAGGGUAUAGGAAGCAGCUUGCGUACUCUAAGGAGAAAUUUUCUCAGAUUGCUCCCAUUGUCUCUAGCCAUGAUCAAGAAUAA